AUGGCGUCGUCACCACCUAAUAACAUAAACCCUAACAAUCCUAAUCCACCGUUACCGCCUGCAUCUUACCCUCCCCCCGCAGGUCCUUUACAGUACGCUCCUUCCUCUUCCUCUUCCGCGAGUAACUUACACCAACAGAGAUCACUCCCUUUCCCCUCGCCUCCUCACUCGCCACGUGUCAAUCACAACCCCGGAACACACAUCCUCGCUCUCCUCAACAACAACAACACCAACAAUAACGGAGGAGGAGGUGUCUCGGUGAGUACUCAAGAUCCGAAUAAUCCGAUUCGUGUAGGGAGCUGUAAGGUUCCUAGGGGGAGGAGAUUGAGCGGGGAAAACGCUGUGUACGAUGUUGAUGUGAGAUUACAGGGCCAGAUUCAGCCUCAGCUUGAGGUCACUCCCAUUACUAAAUACGGCUCCGAUCCUCAGCUUUUACUCGGAAGGCAAAUCGCUGUUAAUAACAUCUAUAUUUGCUAUGGUUUGAAAGGUGGGAACAUUCGUGUUCUCAAUAUCAACACUGCCUUACGAGCUUUAUUCCGUGGCCAUUCUCAGAGAGUGACAGAUAUGGCUUUCUUUGCUCAAGAUGUUCAUCUCUUGGCUAGUGUAAGCUUAGAUGGAAAGGUUUUUGUAUGGAAGAUAUCUGAAGGGUCUGAGGGAGACGAUGAUCCUCAGAUCACUGGAAAAAUUGCUCUUGCUCUUCAGAUUCUAGGUCAUGAAGAAGACACCAAACACCCACGUGUUUGUUGGCACUCACACAAACAGGAAAUUUUGGUGGUUUCGAUUGGUAAACACGUUCUCCUGAUUGAUACUACCAAAGUUGGCAGAGGGGAAGUGUUCUCAGCUGAGGCUCCUAUUCAGUGCCACCUUGAUAAAUUGAUUGAUGGUGUAAAGAUUGUUGGCAAGCACGAUGGAGAGGUUACAGAUUUAUCCAUGUGCCAGUGGAUGAUCACACGCCUCGUUUCCUCCUCUGUUGAUGGCACGGUUAAGAUUUGGCAAGACUUCAAGGCCCAACCAGUUGCAGUUCUGAGACCUCAUGAUGGCCAUCCUGUCAGUUCGGCAACAUUUGUGACAUCCCCUGAGAGAUCUGAUCACGUCAUACUCAUCACUGGGGGUCCUCUAAAUCGAGAGAUGAAGAUUUGGGUCCCGACUGGGGAAGAAGGAUGGCUCCUACCAGCUGAAUCUGAGUCAUGGAACUGUACUCAAAAACUUGAUUUGAUAAGUUCAUCUGAGCCACGAGCGGAGAUGGCGUUUUUCAACCAAGUCAUAGCCUUGUCUGAGGCAGGCCUCCUCUUGCUUGCAAAUGCGAAAAGGAACGCCAUAUAUGCCGUGCAUUUGGACUAUGGCUCAUCUCCAGCUGAUACAAGGAUGGACUACUUGUCUGAGUUUACAGUCACUAUGCCAAUAUUAAGUUUUAUCGGGACUAAUGAUCCUCCAGAAGAACCCAUUGUUAAGGUUUAUUGUGUUCAGACGCAAGCAAUCCAGCAGUAUACAUUAGACUUAUGCUUGUGUUUGCCUCCUCCUAUAGAGGAGAAUGUGGGUUUGGAGAAGUCAGAUUCUAGUGUUUCGCGGGAGGCAAAUCUGGUUGAAGGCAUAUCAAAACCAGCUGGAAUAAAGCUUACAGAUUUACCUUCAGUUGAUUCAGUGCCUAAACCAUCUAUUUUAGUGAAUAGAUCGAAAGGUGCUAAUACUUCGACUUAUCCGGCGGUUUCUGCAUCUGGGGAGACGACAGCACCAGUUAUUGUUUCAUCCAACGGUGAGCCUAAAACUUCUGGGCUGCUAUCUGAGACCAGUGCUGCAGGGUCGGCAUAUGCUACUUCACCCCAGCUUCCUCUAAGUCCCAGACUAUCAAGUACACCUUCUGUUGAUAGGCAAGCAGAUGCUGUUGGAGAAAGAAAUUUGGAGGAAAGCUCAAGAAGCAAGGACAAGGAUGUUACACCUGAUGAUGAUUUGUCUGGGAUGCGAACUCCACAAGGUUUUUUCAAGCACCCCACUCAUCUUGUAACUCCUUCAGAGUUUUUGAUGCGCGUUUCGUCUGCUGAAGCUUCCAUUACCACUGAAGUCAAAAGGGAUAGAGAUGCAAAUAUCCAGGACGUCAAUAUUGAUUCAAGAGACACAGAGGUUGAGGUCAAAGAAGUAGGUGACUCAAGUUCGACGCAGAAUGGUGAAAUCAAUUACAAUGACGAAACUGAGCAUCGCACUUCAAUAAAUAAAGAAAAAAUCUUUUACUCACAGACUUCGAAUCUCAGCAAUGAGAUGGCAAGAGACUGUUAUCCUCGUACAGAGUCAGAGGAAUCUAAGGCUUAUGAAAAGUGUGUACAACCUGGGGAUAAUCUUGACUCAAGAGAUGUGUCCGGAAAGCUUCCUGAGUCGGUUUCAUCUAUUGGGCUUCCACAGUCAGCCGCUACAGAUAGCAAAGGGAAGAAGCAGAAGGCCAAAAGCUCAGAGGGUCCCGGAUUGUCAUCUACAUCCUCAAAUGUUGCUAAUCUGGCUGAUACCCUCAAUGAGCAAACUCAGAGCUCAAGCCAAUCUAUCUUAGCUUUGCAAGAAACAAUGAAUCAGAUAAUGGUUUCGCAGAAAGAGAUGCCGAGACAACUGUCCAAUGCUGUGAAUGUCCUUGUCACUAAAGAAGGUAAGAGAGUAGAAGUGGCUUUAGGGCGAAUAAUUGAGAAAUCCAACAAGUCAAAUGCUGAUGCUCUUUGGGCCCGCUUACAAGAGGAGACCGUUAAGAAUGAAAAGGCAAUGCGUGACCAUUCACAGCAAAUUGUGAAUGCAAUGACAAACUUCAUGAGCAAAGAGUUAAAUGCAAUGUUUGAGAAAACGAUAAAGAAGGAGUUCGCUACAAUUGUUCCAGCUAUAGCUCGUGCAUUAACUCCAGCCAUUGAAAAAGUUGUAUCUUCUUCAAUCACGGAGUCCUUCCAGAGAGGACUUGGUGACAAAGCAGUUAAUCAGCUUGACAAAUCUAUUAAUUCAAAGCUUGAGGCAACCAUAACUAAGCAAAUACAAACCCAGUUUCAGACAUCCGGCAGGCAAGCCCUCCAGGAAGCUCUUAGGUCGGGUCUGGAGGCCUCACUCAUACCUUCCUUUGAGAGGUCAUGCAAGACCAUGUUUGAGCAAGUAGACACAGCCUUCCAGAAAGGGAUAGCUGAGCACACAAACGCAGCACAACAACGGUUUGACGUUGGACACUCCCAGCUUGCUCAUACUUUAAAGGAAACCAUUACUUCUGCGUCGUCAGUUGCUCAAGCCUUGAGCCGUGAAUUAGCGGAGAGCCAAAGGAAUCGGUUAGCUCUCGCAGCCGCUGGAGCAAAUUCUAGUGGAUCAAACACCUUGGUUUCUCAACGAAGUAGUGGACCUUUGGGUGCUCUUCUUGAAAAGGUUGAAGCAGACCCAACUACAGAACUAUCCAGGUUGAUAUCUGAACGCAAAUACGAAGAAUCUUUUACUUCAGCUUUACAGAGAAGCGAUGUCUCCAUAGUAUCAUGGCUCUGCUCACAGGUGGAUUUGCGUGGACUACUCGCUAUGAACCCACUUCCUCUAAGCCAAGGCGUGCUACUGUCACUGCUGCAGCAGCUAGCCUGCGACAUCAGCAAGGACACAUCCCGUAAGCUAGCGUGGAUGACCGAUGUGGUUGCAGCAAUUAACCCAUCAGACCAGAUGGUAGCUGUCCACGGUCGGCCAAUCUUUGAGCAAGUGUAUCAGAUUCUGCACCACCGCCCCAACGCACCAGGCAGCGACGCCUCUGCCACAAGACUUAUAAUGCACGUGAUCAACUCCAUGCUUAUGGCCUGCAAAUGAUCAACUCUUUGUUCUGAUCAUCUUUUCAUUUUUGGUUUGAAUUUUGUAUUUUUCCCUUUUAUCAUUGUUCUUUUAAAAAUGUAAAAUCUGGUUGUUUCAUAUACGUUUGCUCUGCUUUCCUCAAGUUGAUCUUAUGUAAAAACCAAACCAAUGUUGGAGUUUUUCAUUCAAAAACACAAAGGCACGUAUUUGUAAAUGCGUUUACAUUUCUUCUUCCUCAAAACACUACUAAGAGGAUCAAUGAGGUUAAGACAGCAUGGUAGUGAUG